GCAGAACAUGUACUCGUCCACAUCCGUCGUCGCUCCACCAACGCGACAGUACAGCAAUGGCGCUGCGAGUUUCUACCCGGGCGAUGACAGGCAUGCGCAGUACCAGCCGCCGCAACAGCAGUACGCUCAGCAAUCUCAGUACAGUCCACAGCCGCAGUACGACCCACAGCCGCAGCAGCAGGCUUACUCGAGGGCUUACGAGCCGAGUAUUGCGGCGCCGUCGUAUCGCACCAAUGAUGUCGCGAGUCCGGUGAGAGAGGAUGCUUUGCCUCAGCAGCCGCAGCAGUAUCAGCCGUAUGGAGGUGUGCAGAGAAAGCCGGCGGUGCCUGUUGUGCCGUACGGACAGCAGCCUAGUUGGAGGGACAUUUGAGGAAUGAAGAAUAUUGGGAUUGGGUCAUAGCGUGGGCGUAUGGAGUUUUGCGGAAAGGCUCGUAGGCCGCGACAGUCCCUCCAGCAGUUCGGGAUAUGGCUUUUGGGAGAAGGCGAAUACAGAAGCUUGAAGGAUAGCGAAAUCUUCUUUUCAACAUGCACGCGACAAGCUACGGACGACCGACAUCCAGCUCUCAUCAUCCCAGCCGUUCUGUGACGUCGUCAAGAGACUAAGCAGGCAUUUCUGCAGAGCCGCCUUGUGCCGCCGUGGAAGGGCCGGUAGUGGGUGCGGAGUGGAGUUCUUCG